AUGGCGACAUCCUGCACAACAAACCUCGCGCUCUCGCCCGACCCGUGCAACGCGCGGUACAUCAUCCUGGUGUGCAAAAAGUCAUCCAGAAACCAGCGGGAGAAUCUGGUAAAGGGGACGAAUUUGAAGUACUCAAAGGCCGCGGCGCCGACCCAGAAGCCGCCGCGGUCGUACCGGAAGAGGUAUUCCGCCAGGGUCGUUGUUGUCGUUCCUGACCUCCCGCCUGAUCACCUCGACCGCCUCGGCCACACUCCCGGCACGGUGGUAUCUCGUCUUGACAAACUUUUUCGCGUCCAUCAGCCGAAUCUCCAGACACGUCGUGACCCCCAGCGUGCCCACCGCACCGGCCGCUCCGCGGAACAAGUCCCCUUUUUCUUCGUCGUCAGGUCCGAACCGUACGAUCUUCCCGUCUCCGAGAACCAUCUCCACUUGUCUGACCGUGUCGUCGAAGAAGCCGUGCUUGAAGCUGGAGGAUUCCCCUGCCGUGCCCGCGAAUCCGCCGCCGGCGGUGAUGCCUGGGAACUCCAUCACUACCGGGGGGAUCAGGCCGUGGGGGAGGGUAGCUUCGACCAGCUUGUCCAUUGGGACGUUUGGUUCCACGAGGGCGGUUUUGGUUGCUUUGUUGACGGAUAAGACGUUGUUCAGGCUGGAGAUGUCGACUGUUGCUGUGCCGGAGGAAGGGCGUGGCCGGGUGGAGUUUGUUGAGCCGUGGUUGAUGCGGUAGGGGGUGCGGGUUUGGUGGAGGGUGGUGAGGGUCUUGGAGAGGGAGUGGAGGGUUUUGAGGUGCUUGUCCAUUUUGGGCCGAGUGGGGGGCCACCAGGGAGGUGGGAAGGGGGGAUGGGGAGUGGUGGGUGAAGGUGAAGGUGAAGGGUGAGAGAUGGGAAAGGUGAGAGUGAGAUGCAAAAGAGUGUUGCCAAGAAAUGAUACCAUGUGGGUCCCGGCUCAUGGUGGGAUUUUGGGAUUCUUUCUGGGGAAGGGCCCCUGUCGAACGGUUGAGGAGAAUGUAACUGAGGAAAGAGAGAGAGAGAGAUAUAUAUAUAUAUAUAGAGAGAGAGAGAGAGCGGGUGAAUGUAGAGA